AUGGGAAAAAAACUACUGUUAAUCGUUGGUCUUAUUGCAUUAGCUCAUGCUGGCUAUUCGGCUGCUCAACAUCGUGUUUUUAUUCGUUUAACUGAACAACAAUUCCAAACAUUACCAGCUGAUAUCAUUUUUCAAACAUUAUUAGCAUUUUUAGCUUGUUGUAUUGGUUCUGUACAGUUUUUUGGUAGAUUCAAGCCAAUAUUGAUAACAGCUGAAUGGCAAAAUAAAACAUGGGAUACGCUUGGUAAUCGCCCAUCAUUUAUGACAUUUAACCAUCGUGGAAGAUAUCUUUAUCGAUUUUUACAGGCAUCGUCCUCAACUUGA